AUGAAGAAGGGUGUCCCGUUUGUAUGGGAUGAGGCCUGCAAGAAUGCAUUUCAAAGCAUCAAGUCCUAUUUAAUGAAGUCGCCUGUGCUAACUGCUCCAAUUCCAGGACGCUCGCUGAUCCUUUACAUCUCCGCCCAAGAAAGCUCGGUGGGUGCUUUACUUGCACAAGAGAAUGAUAACCGGAAAGAAAAUGCCCUUUAUUAUUUAAGUAGAAUGAUGACGCCAAAUGAGCUCAAAUAUCUGCCAAUUGAGAAGUUGUGUCUGGCCCUUGUAUUCGCCAUCAGGAAGCUCAAGCAUUAUUUCGAAGCGCAUACAAUUCGACUAGUUUCCAGGGCAAACCCAGUGAAGUAUGUCAUGUCAAAGGUUGUUCUUUCCGAUCGACUUGCUAGGUGGUACUUAUUAUUUCAACAGUUUGAGAUCAGUUAUGUACCACAGAAGUCCAUCAAGGGGCAAGCCUUAGCAGAUUUCCUAGCUGAUCAUCCAAUUCCUGCCGAAUGGGAGCUGUCCAGUGACCUACCUGAUGAGGAUGUGCUUGUGGUUGAAGUUUUACCUCCAUGGAAGAUGUACUUUGAUAGAGCGGCACACAAAGAGGGGGCAGGUGCUGGAGUUGUCUUUGUUACGCCUGAAGGGGAAGUGCUUCCUUAUUCAUUUACCUUGACGAAACGCUGCUCGAACAAUGUUGCCGAGUAUCAGGCACUCAUUUUGGGACUUGAAAUUGCAGCCGAUAUGAAGCAACUAAGGGUUAACAUAUACGGGGACUCCAAACUAAUUAUCAACCAAGUUCUUGGGGUUUACAAAGUAAAAAAGCCUGAGUUGAUCCCAUACAACAGUUAUGCAAAGACACUCCUGCAUUGGCUAGGAGAUGCUACGAUGGAGCAUAUUCCAAGGAAACAUAAUAAGCAAGCCGAUGCCUUAGCUGCUUUGGCUUCAACUAUAUCACAUCCUAUAGAUGAGGCUCGGCUACGAGUAUGCCAAAAAUGGGUGGUCCUCCAAUCUUCGAGGACGAUGGCUCUCUUGACGACAUUGUUGAACUCCCGACUGCUUCUGUCUAUGAGGUAG